AUGAGUGAAGGUGAAAGCAAUGUGGAAAUUCAAGAGCCACAACAAGUAGUGGCGAAAGAAUUAGUUUUGAAAAUUAAAUUACCUUCAAUCUUACAGCUUGAUGAACCUGAGAUCAGUAUACCUUCACAUUAUGAAGAAAAUUUAACUGACUUGAGACAAAGUUUAAAUUUAAUUCCAAAAACCAGAAAUUUGUCACAUUAUUCAAUUCUUAUCAAAGGUAUUGAUGUUGAACAAUUUGAAGAACUUUAUACAUUUAGUCGCAUAAUUGAAGAAUUAAAAUUAGGAGAAGAUUUAAAAGAAUUAAAUAUCGAUAUUAAAGCAAAACCUUAUAAUUUGGCUGCAAUUUAUGAGCAAAUUGUUAGAUUUAGGGAAGUUAUUGGGCUUUAUUAUGUCGAUAGAAUUUCAAAUGAUUUAGGAUCAUCAGGUGGGGUAUCAAAAUUUAAUAGUAUUAAAUUAGAUCAAAUUAAAUCAAAAGAAGAAACAAAUGGUUCCAGUCAAGUAAAGGACAAGACGCAAUGGACACUGGAAGAAAAAGCAGAAGUGGAAAAGAUUGUUAAUUCAUUGAUUGAAGAUGUGAUUGAAACUUUCCCAAAUGCCACUAAAUUUGAUACUAUUAAUCAGAACACAUCAAGUCCAAUUAAAUCUUUGACUAUUUCUCAAUGGUCCCCAGUUCCUCCAUACCAAAGAAGUAAAGGGGACUUGUUAUAUUUAGUUUUACAAACAUUGGAGAAUGAGACUUACAAUAUUACUUGUCAUUUUUCUGGUUUUUUUGUUAACAAGUCAUCAACUAUCAAUUUCAACCCUAACAUAAAAGUAAAUGAAAAAGGCAAAUUUUACAAAAGUUAUUUAUUAUAUGAUUUGAUUUCUUCAAUAUCACCAUCUUUUGCUACAACAAUUGCUGAAAAUGAAAUAAAAUUAUCAAAAUCAACUGAGCAUCCAGAAUCAUAUUUAUUACCACAUAAUUCAUUUUUAGCAUAUCCAUGGCUUGUUAAUGAAUCAGAAUUAAAAAAUAUACCAGAUUCAUCAAGAUCACAAUUAGCAUUGAUAAGUAAUGGAGUUGAUGGCUCAGAUAUUAUAAGGGAUUGGAAUAAUGAUAUUCAAACUAUGAAAGAAUUACCAAGUUCAUCAUUUCAAGAACGAAUAAUUCGUGAUAAACUUAUACAAAAAUCAUUAUUCGAAUUCAACAAAGUUGCUACAGAAACUGCAAAAAAUAUUAUAAAGGGAAAUAUUAUACCAAUGAAUCCUGGUGAACCUGAAGACAAACAAAUUUAUUUGAAAAAUGGUGUUUUUUAUUCGGCAGGUACUGCUACUGUUGAUGUGUUUGAAUCAACCGGUGGGGAAGAGGCAUCAAGAUAUGUAUCUUCAAAAGAUCUCUCUGGUAUUAAAAUUAUAAACAGACAUGAAUUAAAUGGUAUUUCGACUUUAGUUACUUGUAUUGUAGAUUAUAUGGGUAGAAGAGUUGUUUGUCAAGCUCCUGUUCCAGGUAUAUUAGAUCCACCUGCAGUUGAAGAAAAUGAAGAAGAAAUUCAAGAAAAAGUUCUUUAUGGGUUAUCAUCUGAUGGUUCAAAAAUUUUAGAAGAUAAAUCAUUUGAAGAACCAUUAAAACAAAUUGGUGAGGUUUUCCAUUUAAAACCACAUAAAGUGAAAUUAAAUAACCAAACUGAAUCCAAGGAUAAUUUGUAUGUUUCUAAAGAUACAAAGGGUUUGAAAGGAACUGAUGGUAGAAAAUAUGUCAUCGAUUUAUAUCGUACCACACCUAGAGAUAUAGAAUUUAUCGAGCAAAAUUUUGGAGAUUUUGAGAAUUCAUAUCCUCAUGGUGAAGCUUUAAUUAGACAUGAAGCUGUUAACGAGUGGUGGAAACGUAAAAUUUCAGUUUUGUUUAAACAAGAAACGGACAGAUUGGAAACCGAAGGUAAAUUGAAACAGCAAGAUGGGGACGAGAAGCCACAAAUUGCAUUAGCUGCUGAUCAAGUUACUUUCAAUCCAGACUCAUUUUCAUCAUUGGAUGAAUUGAAAGAGGACCAAGAUGAGGUUAGGGAAAUCUCGAAAUUUAUUAAAGAAAAAUUAAUUGAUGAAUAUUUAGAUGAAGUUAAACAUCAAUUAACUCCGUUUGAUGGUAAACAAUUGAGUGAGCAAUUGCAUAGACAAGGUAUUAACUUAAGAUACUUGGGAUAUGUGGCUGAACAAUUGUUGCUGAAGAAACAGCAACAUCAAGAAUUUAUCGAGAAGACAAUAAUUGAAAACCAGAAAUUAAUUGCAAAGCAUGAGGAGGAAAAACAAGCUGAAUCAGAUAAGAAAAAGAAAGAAGAAUCAGAGCAAACUAAAGAAGAAGAAAAGGUGGAUAAAGAAGACCAGGAAGAUAAGGAAUUGGAGUCAAAGGAAGAAAUACCCUCAAAAGCCACUUAUGACUUAGUUUAUGCAAACUAUAAUACACUUUACAAAAUUAUCAUCAAUGAAAUGAUUGCUAGAGCUUCAAAACACAUAUUGAGAAACUUGGUAAAAUCAUUGCCAACUUACCUUUCACCAGCUGCUGUUGUUCAUUUUCAUAAUUGUUUAUUUGGUGGUGAAAUAAAUAAAACCCCAGUAGCUGAAAUUGAUGAAGUAUAUCAAACAUUCUAUCCAAAAGAAAAUUUCAAGUUUGCUGAGUUGACUCAUGCAUCCGUAAUUGAAUUGAUUGAGAAAGAAGUAUUAGCAAGAUUUAGAUAUAAAUUGCCUCAAAAUUGGAUUACUGAAAUUAGAUUACCUCAAUUAUUUAGAGAAAUUGCGUUACAAUUUGGUAUUCAAUGGAAAUCACUUAAUUACACCUAUACUAAAUCUGACUUUGAUUCUGCAAAUAAUGAAAUUAAAAAGGAUGUUAUUGAAACCAAAUCAUCCAAAAAAUCGAAAAAGAAAACUCAACAAAUUGUAUCUAAAUCCAUAAAACGAAACUCGAUUUUUAUUGUUGAUGAUUUAGUUGACUUUAUCCCUAAAAUUAAAGACUCCUCGUAUAAGUCAACCAUAAUUGAUGAAAUUUAUGCAAAUGCUAGAUCUCAAUUAAGCUCAGGAAAUAAAGAGGUUGGAAUGGCAAUGUUUGCAGAACUCACAGCUAUUCAAGAAUCUAUCUACGGUAAGAUCAACCCAGAAACUGCAAAAUUUUAUAGUUUAAUAGCUCAAGUUUAUCAAGAAUUAGGAUAUGAUCAUGAAGCUGCCUUGUUAGGUCGUAAAGCUAUUAUACUAUGUGAAAGAUCUUGUGGGUUUGAUUCUCAUGAAACUAUUACUGCUUAUAUGAACCUGGCUUAUUUUGAAGCUGGAAAUGAUCAAACUUUGAAUUCAUUAAAAUUAUAUAACCAAGCAGUUACUACCUGGAAAUUGACAUAUGGGAAAGACCAUCCAGCUAUCAUCAACACGUUACUUAAUUCAUCUGAUUCAUUGAUGAAAGUUAAAGAUUUCGAUGAUGCAUUUAAUUUAUUAAAACAAGCUUUGCAACACAGCGAAAAUCUUAAUGGUGACGACUCAGAAAUUACAGGUUUAAUCAAAUACAGAAUUGCAAAUGUUGUCAUAUCUCAAAAUAAAAUCGAACAAUCAAAACAAUAUUUCGAAGAGGCCUAUGAUACUUUCGCAAAAUUGGUUGGUCCUGAAGAUUCAAUGACUAAACAAAUUAGUAAAUAUUUAUCUAACGUUUUAUUAUAUAUCGACUACUCCAAGGCCAAAGAGAAAGAGAAGAAAAAAGCAAUACUGCAAAAAGCAUCAGCUCCUAAUGGUCAACAUAAAAUCAAAGCUACAUCGAACUCAAAUGGCCAUCAUCAACAACAGAAUGGCAAUAAAUCAAAAAAGGAGAAGACAUUUCAAUCAGUACCAGAAAUUGCAAGUCAAUCAGUAGAUGAAAUAUUGAAAUUCAUCGAAGGUAAAAAUUCUACAAAAUCAAAGAAAAACUAA